AAAAAACACUUUAAAAAUUUGUAAGUCAAUGUAUUCCAAAUGUAUUAGUUUUGAUGGAAAUAUAUAACUCUUGGCAAGCUGUAUGCAAAAACAAUGAUGGUGGUGAGUUUAAGAAAAUACCGAUACGAACUGUGCCAUACUGUACGCUCUUGUACUUAUAUCGUGGCUCUCGCGUUUAUAAACCGAAUACCGGCACAUGAAUUUAUAAAGUAAUUCAACAUUUCAUACACAGCUUGAUUCGUUCAGGCUGCACGUGCCUUCAAAAUCUUCGCUGUAGCCGACGCUGCGAAAGACCUGUGUGUCAAUAUUUACGACAAGUUUGGCUUUAAAACUUGUUUUUAAUGAAAAAUACUUCAUUAAAAAAAUAAUUUUUAAGCACAUUUUUGAAUGAAGAAAAAUCGAAGGAGAUGAUUAUUAUAAUAAACAAGUGGUAGGAAACCAACGCGGAGGAUAUCAAAAUAUAUUUCAGCUCGAGCGUAAAGUACCGAAGUGGGAGUGACUGAAAGUUUGUGCGCAACAAACACUUGGUUAGCUUUGUGUGCUACGUAAAAUUUCAUGGCGCCAAAGUGGCCGGAUUUUUCUUGUAUUCUUUGUCUCAGAAAUUGAACGUCCUUUACGUUGAUUACAUUACGUUAUUAUUAACAUAUUUGAUUUAAGAAAUAAGUAUGAAAUCUCUACUUGAUCUGAACGACGACUGUCUAAUAGAAAUAUUCAAAUAUCUCAGCCUUGAAGAAGCGUUUAAAGUAAUCGAUGUGCGCAACACACGUCUCACUGAAAUCGCACACCAAAGAAUUUCAACAUUCAAGCACCUCAAUAUUGCUAUACGAGAAUUCCCGAAUUUCAACACAGAGCAGCUACGAAUAAUUGGCGAAAAUAUAUGCAAUUUUAGCAUGACUUGCGGAUAUGAAAUACCAACACAAAAUGUGUUAAAUAUUAUAAAGCCGCUUUGCGAAGGAGCUGCUGCAACCCAGCAAUUACGAGCUUUUUCAUUGAAUUAUGUAUAUUUUAAUAAUGAGUACUGUCAAUGCAUCGGCAAGGUGGCAGCAAAACUACAAAAACUCAAUUUGAGUUAUUGCCAACUAACAGACAAACUUUUAACAGACUUACUGAAGCGCUGUAACGAUUUAUUAGAACUAGAAAUUGUCGGCAAUUACAUAUUGACCGGCGAGUUUUUGCACAAACUUCAUUUACCUACCUUGCGAGUGCUCAAAUUGGAAUUGCAUGAUGAGUGGAACUAUCCCAUGUGGAUUUUUAAAAUUAAAAACCAAAAUGUUAAAUUGAUUAUAUAAGAUGUUGAAGUCUUAGAUAUGUUGCUAUAUUCAAUAUUUUAUACUAACUAGACAUUUUUAAAACUAUGCAAAUACAAACUGUAUAAUGUAAUAAAUUAAAAAAGAAAAACUCAAAAUAUAUAUUAUAAACCCUUUUAUUUGUAAUAUGAAUCGUAGGCACUUUAGUGCCCCCAAUUGAAUUCAGAGUAACUAAGCAAUUAUACGUGUACAUAGUUAUUUGGUUGAUGUUGUUUAGGGUUUAUAUUUGGGCACUAUGCAAACGUUUGGGAGUGGCAUGCACUUGCGCGUGGCUAAAUUAGUUCGAAGACCAAAAUGUCCUGUCAUAAGCGCCAACUGACAAUGCGUGCCAAUUGCUUAAUUGCAUGUUGUCUAAAUUAUUACAAUGUUUGCGUACCAAUUAAAAAUACAAUAGUUAAAAAAAUAUGUCUAAAAUGUUGUUUGGAAAUGUUGUUGUUGGUGUUUACUGAACAGUUGAUUUGUUAGCUCUUUGAUGACAAAUUUGACCUGAUGGCCGAUCGUUGCUGCUUCAAUGUUUACUGCUUUCACUGCCCUUUUUCUGGCUGUAGAACUCCCUAAUGAGGGUCUUUAAGUACUUGGCCUCACGCUGACGCUCGGCCAAUAUGCGUUUCAGCUCGUCAUUACGCUGUGAUAGUUGUUGCUCCUCAUUUAGCACGUUCUCCAUUUCGAUUUUCUUCUUUUGACGAUAACGUGUAGCCGCAUUCUUGUUUUGUUCCUUUUUUCGAAUUUUGCGAUCUUCAACACCACGUCCAUAUGGUCGCGUGCGCUUUUUGGAUUCGGAGGGUUUCGACUGCACGAAUUGUGAGUUAUCUUCAUCAGCGUCGCCAUAAAUGGGCGAAGAACUGGC